GCGACGAAGCAUACACAUCACGUGUCCUCCGAGUUCUCGUGAAGGAAUGAAAUGUUCUGCUGAUGAGAGAUGUCAUGGAUGGAUAUCUCCUCCGAGAUGUGUGUGAUCCCCCUCCUGCAUUUACGAGGCAGCGCGGGGUGCCAGCAGAGAUACAUAGCGAUCGCAGCCCUCACCAUCCCUGCCAGCACUUGGAUGAAGAGGAGACAUGUAGAGACGCAGUGAUGGAGAUGAUGAAGAUGCUCUCCAGUGAACACAUCUGCACAGCCAGAGAACAGAUGAGACAACCGCAUCUGGACCCUAACAUGUGAACGUGUUGCUUUUGUCUCUAAAAGUUGGACCUACAGAAGAAAAAGUUGAAGAUUUGCCGGGCGGUCGAGAGAGCGGAGAAACUUGUGCUUCACAACACAUGAGAAGACUCUGUUUUCAGGUUUGUUCUUUCUGGGCAGCCGUUCGCCCGUAGGACAGGACUGAGACCGAUGGAAUGGUUUGUAAUUUGAGGGUUUCAAAUGAAGGACUGAUUGACUGUGGGCACGUUUAGCGUUUCAAACUCGGUCAUGGAGCCGAGCGUGGAUGGUGACGCCCGUCUGUGUGUUCCGGGUCAGACUGCACACGCUCAGAGCUCCUCCACCUCUCCAACACCCCGUGAGCUCAAGCGAGGACAUGCCGUGGGUUUCAAGAAAGUGUGUCGGAUCGAAGAGGAAAGUUUGUGCCCAUUUCCCGGACUGCCGGCAGGCGUGCUGGAAAUGAAGGUGAAAGAGGGCAGCAAAAUUCGGAACCUCAUGGGUUUCGCUAUGGCACGCAUGCAGGACGACGGCGGUAAGGUGGGACUGAGACGUGUCGUGUUCACCGGGUCGGGUCGGGCCGUCACCAAAACCAUCACGUGUGCUGAGAUCAUGAAGAGGAAGAUCUGCGGUCUUCAUCAGAUGACCAAACUGCAAUACAAGAGCUUGCGAGAGGUGUGGGAGAGUCAGGAAGAUGGCGACUCUGAGAUGACCGUCCACCGAACUCUUCCCUCCAUCAGUAUCCUGCUCUCCAAAGAUCUGCUCGACCCUCUGGAACCCGGUUAUCAACCUCCAGAGAAUGUCUGGGAGCAGAGGAAUGGAGGAGAGGUUUCACACGUGAUGGAGAACAGAUCGACAGACUCCUCUGACUCUCUGAUGGAGCCGCAGGCUAAAAGAUGCUGCCUCUGAGGAUUAUGGGAAAUGACAACCAAUCAAAUCUAUCACAGAACUGGCCCACAUUUCCACUUCCAACAUAACAGAGGGGCAUAAAUCAAGACUCUUUGAGGUUUCACAAGCUUUGAUUCAAAUAAAAAUUGAUAUAAAUCAGUUGACACAUAUGAUACAUAAGUGAAAAUUUACAGACAGCCGGUUGUUAUGGCAGAAUAAGCCCUGACAGUGUGAUCAGAGAUUAUUAGGCGAUAACAGCCAGCUGCUUCUACAUUAUCCUGCUUAUUACACGGCUACUUGACACAUGAGAAAAAAGUAGACUUGAAAUGUGAAUUUGAAAUAUUUGAUUAGCUCAGUUUUACUGAAUGUAGAUCUUCCACAAGGAAAAGCUGUUUACUUAUGGCUUUAAGGUAAGAAAAGACAUUUAAAUGUCACAAACAGUUUAAUUAUUUGGAAAUAUAAUGGCAUAUAUUGUUAUUCAAAAAAAACUGUCAAAAUGAUUUGCUGCGUCCUGGUUGCCGUGUGUUAUUAGUUUUGAGAGGUUGUUAUCUGGGAAUAACGAACCUGCAAAUGACGUGACUGGCCAAUCACAAUCAAGCAUUUUAACCAGCCGUGUAAUAAUUAAAAAUAGAGUCGAUUUUAUUUUAUUCCCAAUCCCAUUAAAAAGAAAAGCAGAUGAUCUGUGAGGAAAAACACUUCAGGUUUGUUGCACUGUGACUUUAUUUAACAAUAACGCAUCUUUUCUCCCAAUUGUUCAACAGUGUCAUGUGUUAAAUUAAAUAAUAAUGAUUAUGUUGAUUAUAAAUGAUUAUAAAAAAAAUCUUAA